GCCAGUGCGCAGAGAUGAGGAUGUUUUGAUAUUUGUCAGCGAUUUGUUGAAGAUGCUGUGGACAGUGAUUUUUUUAUUGAGCUUUUGCCGACGCAAUGGGUCUAAAGAUCUCGGCUAGGAUAAAAUGGCAGACGCAAAACCACCGGUAUCUAUCCAUGAGUUGAUACAGCUGGCCCAUAUAGGUAUCCCUGGUGACCAGGUGACAUGGUCCAGGGUAACCAUGACAUCUGACCGGUGGAUAGCCAUACGGCAUAGCAACAGGGAUGACAAAGAAUCUAUGGUGACUGUGCUGAACCCUAAGGAUGGUGUCAUCUCGUACGCUGGACAGACAAGUGCAGACUCCAUACAGAUGAAUCCCACUCAGCCUGUCAUUGCCUUAAAAGCUGGUCCACGAUUUGAGGUGUUCAACUUCGACUCCAAGGUGAUGAUCAGCAAGACAAAAAUUCACGAACCUGUCGUGUUCUGGACGUGGCUCAACUCUGACAUCAUCGCCAUGGUGACAGACACACUCAUCUACCAUUGGGACCCCUGGCAAGCAGACAAUCCCCCUGAGCGAGUGUUUAGUCGCCAUCCGAGGCUGGCUUUCAGUGAAAUCAUCAGCUACAAGGCUGACCCGAGCCUCAAGUGGUUAGCAGUUACGGGACUUACACCAGAGGAGAAGAGAAUCUCAGGGAUGACUCAGCUGUACAGCGUCAGUGAUGACAUCACACAGUGUAUUGGUGCCCAUGCGGUCAGUUUCUCAACCUAUCACUAUGACGAUAAUCCUUCAGCAUCCACCGUCAUGUGUGUAGCGUCUAGGGAGACUUACGACCACGGCAAGGUUCAUGUUAUAGAACUGGGUCCUUACAAGCAGGGAAACUUUGCUCCAAGGAACAACUAUGACCUCAUCCAGUUUCUGGACGAUGUUGACCGUUAUGACUUCCCAAUAUCUCUGCAUGUGUCGUGUAAGUACGGCCUGCUGUUUGUGAUAACGAAGUAUGGCUACCUUUAUUUGUGUGACAUGGAAACGGCCGCCUGUCUCUGUUGUACACGUGUCUCCCUCAACGUUAUCUUCACCUCCACCCUAAACACGGACUCCCAGGGCAUCGUAGGCGUGACCAGAGGAGGCCAGAUUGUUACCGUGGAUAUCAAGAAGGAUGGCUUCAUCAAGUAUGUGCGGGACACUGCUAAGAAGACGAACCAGGCUAACCGUCUGGAGAAGGCCAUCUCCAUACAGAUCGACAACGAUGGGGACAAACAUGUGCCCCAGGACAAUAGUACCUCCUCCCACAGACAGAGGGAGCCCAGUGCUCACUCUCUACGGGACGCCAACAGCAAUAUACCUGACUGACAGUAAUAGUGACAUCAUAAACUUGACCUCUGUUGUCAUGGUAACCCUUGGAUGCAGGCAUUACCUCUGUUGUUAUUGCCGUGUCUGUCACCAAAUAUAUCUCCUGUAUUUGACAUAAUAAGGGUGCCAAAGGGAUUUUAAUAUUUGAAUGCUUGUUUUAAAAUACCAGAUUUGUGUAUGGUUCCGAUUUUAUAGUUUCUGAAAAUCACCUGGUUUGUUUUGUUAGUUAGACAACUUCUGUCAAAAAAGUAGCUGGUAUAAGUGUAUUAUACUUCAAGCUGCCAUGGACAUGGAUCAUCAUCUGUUGAUAGUGACCAAUGCAAACUUUCAGAAUAAUAUUCUGCUUUAGUAACGGGGUAUUUAGCCUUUGACAGGGAUAAAGAGACCUUUGUGUCUUUGUCACAGUGGGAAAAUAAUCUGAAUAAGAGAUCUAUUGUAAUAGGAAAAACAUGUCUAAAUAAAGGUGCCCUACCUGUAAUUUACCCAUACAAAGUGGCCUUAUUAUGUCAAAUGUGGUAAUUGCAUUUGGGUAUUCACUUUACUAUAAUACUGUACAAGAUACUAUUUAGCUAUGGAUGUAAACUGACUUUUGACCUUUUGACCUUUGAACUCUGUUAGAGGAUCAAUAGUACCAUUCAACUCCAAUUAUUGUGUUGGUCGCUGAAUAUGCAGGCGACCUAUUGUUACUAUGGUUACUGCGCACCGACCUGGUGCCAUCUUUGUCAGACGGUGGAUACCAUGGUGACCUCUGACCUUGACCUUUAUACAAAUUCUAGUCAGCAGAACUCAUGGUGACAUGUCAGUAUUUUGUGCAGCAUUUCUACGUUUAAAAAUGUUUCAUAAGAUUUUCAUUGAUUCGAUCUGCUUUAAAUUUUUCAUUUGAUCUCGCCAGCACUUGUCAAUAUCAUCAAGGUAAUCAAUUUCAUGUACAGAUCGUUUAUAACCUAUCAAUCAUGUGUCACAAAAGUCUCAUUCAUGAUACACAAGAAAACAUGUUUAACUGCCAUAACUAUGACCCAUUAGUAAUAGUAUACUGUCUACUGGGAAAAUUUAGCUGCAGUUUAAUUUUUCGCCUUUUGUCGCCCAUCGUAAUGUGGGCUAAUUCAUCACUAGAGCAAACUUCAGUAAACUACAUAAUAUGCAUUAACAAUGGGCAAAUAUGGAUCAUUCUGGCGAAGGGCGAAAGUUUGACUGGGCGAACAUUUUGCGGUAUUCUGAGUAAGCGAUUCAUUAAUUCAUUUGACAACCCUUCACCUAAGCAGUAUUAAGGUCCUUUUAUUACUUAUCAUUUCAUUAGAUUUGGACUUAAUUUAGUUAAUACACAUAUGCUGUUGUCUGUUUCUAUUUUGUCUCUAAUUUUCUCUCUCUCGUUACUUCCAAUGUCUCAUGCAAUGAUAAGAAAGGAAAGAUACUUUUUGUAAAAAGAUCUUAUCGUACAAAAACGUGUUAAGAUCGUAAUGAUAGUCUAGCUACAUUAAAAGUUGAAAGUAGGUCUAUUGUGGUUGCCGUGACAAAGUUUGUUUGUUUUAGGAAAUUUUAUGUCAAAGUCUACAGUACAUGUAUGUAGCUUGCUACACUGAAUACCAUGUUCUCUACAAUAGCACAUAGUGUACCAUUGUAUACAAUAUCACAUUGUAUUGUAUUGUACCAUUGUAUACAAUACCACAAAGUAUACCAUUGUAUACAAAAGCACAUUGUAUACAACUGUAUACAAUAUAUGUACCACAUUGUAUUGUAUUGUACCAUUAUAUACAAUACCACACUGUAUUGU